CCCUUUUAUAUCUAGUCUGUGGUUCGAGUGCAAUCUGAGACCAUUCUGAUCCACGAGGUGGUGCUAAUGUAUCUACAGGGGGUUUACUAACCGCCAUUAAAAACCGAUACAAGAAGAAGUUGUUUCCUACAGUUCGGGGAGCACCUGAAUGCAGCACGGAGGGUCAGCCGCUUCCGUGUCUUCCAACAUGGCGGCGCCCGCGUCCGGCUCGUGCGGCUUCUUCGUGGAGAAGAAGAAGAGAUUCUGUAAAAUGAUCGUGGGAAGAGGAAGGAGGUUCUGUGGCGAGCACGCGACCAUGGAGAGAAGCAGCAGCAGAAUCGUUUGUCCUCUGGAUCCCAAACACACAGUGAGUGAAGACAAACUGGAGAAGCACCUAAAGAAGUGUAACUCCAGAGAAAAAGACAAACCAGUUUAUUAUGUUGAGAACAUAAACGCUGGAUCAGCUGAUGGAGAUGAGCCUCUGCCGCAGGUGAGUCUGUGUGAGCGAAGCAGGGCGGAGCUACAGUCCCUGCUGGACAAACUGAGGACAGCAACCGGAGAUCUGCAUUGCGACGUGGACGACAGAGUUCUGUCUCACCCCGUCGUCGAGGAGGAGCUGAACAACCCGCAGAACGGAGGCUCUGCCCACAAACACCUGAAACAACAGUCUUCUAUUGUAGGUCACCUGGAGGAGCUGGGGCUGCUGGGAGGGGGACGCUGCUUCGUGGAGUUUGGGGCCGGUCGAGGGAAACUGUCCCACUGGAUCCACGAAGCCCUGAAGGACCGGGACCCCCUGAAGACCAGCGAAGACCUGCAGCUGCUGUUGGUGGAGCGCUGCAGCACCCGCUUCAAGGUGGACGGGAAACAUCAGGAUACUGGAGCUCAGUUUGAGAGGCUACAGGUCGAUAUUCAGCAUCUGGAUCUAAGUAAAGUUCCUCUGAUCAGGAAGAAGAAACUGCCGUUAGUGGGAAUCGGGAAACACCUGUGUGGAGCAGCAACAGAUCUGGCUCUGCGCUGCUUGUUGGACACACCAGGACACAGAGCGGAGACGGCACCGCCACCAAAACGCCUCAAAACCUCAGAACCAGCUGCCGAACCCGAUCCAGACUCAGGCUCUGUCUCUAAUGAUCCAGGAGCAGGUUCUGACCACGGUCCGGUCUCUGGUCCCGUCCUCGGCCUGGCGGUGGCGCUGUGCUGUCACCAUCGCUGUGAGUGGCAUCACUACGUGGGUCAGCGGUUCUUCCUGCAGCUAGGACUCGGACCGACUGAGUUCUCAGCUUUCUGUCGAAUGUCCAGCUGGGCCACAUGUGGACUGAGACCGACCCGUCAGGACCGCCCACCGCAGGAUGUGACCAACCAAGGAGGAGACGACGAAGAGCAUGAAGUGGCGGAGGAGCCGGAUGCCGUGGACGGGUUUCUGUCGCCAGAUGAGCGACAGACGGUGGGACGACUCUGUAAACUCCUCAUCGACAGCGGGAGAGUUCACUUCCUGUCCACUAGAGGCUUCAGAGGACGACUGAGUCGAUACGUCGACGCUAGUGUCACGUUGGAGAACGUCUUACUGACCGCAACCCCGCCCCCUGACUGCAGCCCCUGACCAUGCCCCUGCCCCCUGACUGCAGCCCCUGAACGCGCCCCCGCCCCCUGACUGCGACCCCACCCCCUGACUGCAGCCCCUGACUACAGCACCUGACCGCGCCCCCGCCCCCUGACUACAGCACCUGACUGCGGCCCCGCCCCCUGACUACAGCCCCUGACCGCGCCCCCGGCCCCUGACUGCAGCCCUUGACGCGGCCCCUGACUACAGCCCCUGACCGUGCCCCCGCCCCCUGACUGCAGCCCCUGACGCGGCACUGACUACAGUCCCUGACUGCGGCCCCGCCCCCUGACUGCAGCCCCUGACACGGCCCCUGACUACAGCCCCUGACCGCGGCCCCGCCCCCCUGACUGCACCCCCUGACUACAGCCCCUGACCGCGGCCCCGCCCCCUGACUGCAGCCCCUGACGCGGCCCCUGACUACAGCCCCUGACCACGGCCCCGCCCCCUGACUGCAGGCCCCGACGCGGCCCCUGACCGCGACCCCGCCCCCUGACUACAGCCCCUGACCGCGGCCCCGCCCCCUGACUGCAGCCCCUGACGCGGCCCCGCCCCCUGUAAUUAGAGAUCAUCUGAAGACGUCAACUUGAAACAUUUUUAUUGUUUUCUGUCAUUUUUCAAACAAAGAGAAAAUGAAAAUGUUCGACACAGAAACGAAACAAACAUGUUUGUGUUUGAUGAAGUGAAACUGUGUGUGUAGCAGAGUUGAGUCUUUCAGCUCUCAUCACGCAGCAGAAGAAGGAACUCUUAGUUUCAGCCCAAACAUUCGUCUGAAACAGAAGAAACAUUCAGUAACUUCUUAAUUUGUAUUAUUAUUAUGAUUUUAUUAAACAUGAAAAAUUCA